AUGGGCCAUGCACCAAACUACAUCAUAAUAGACCAAGACCCGGCGAUUAGGGUCAUACUCGGGAAGGUAUUUCCAGCCACGCGCCACCGUUUUUGCAUGUGGCAUAUAAUGACAAAACUGGGGGAGAAGGCAGGGCCUGUUCUAGCAAAGGAUGACGUCUUCCGUAGGAAAUUAAAUGCAAUUGUUUGGAAUGAGAUGAUCAACAUAGAUGAAUUUGAAGAGAAGUGGAAGGGUCUAAUGGAGGACUACGAGUUAGUGGAGUCAACCUGGUUUCAAGAAAUGUUUGAGUUGCGCUCAUUUUGGAUCCCCGCCUAUUUUAGGGACAUGGAUAUGGGUGGAUUAAUACGGACCACGUCCCGUUCAAAAGGAGAAAACAGUAUAUUUGGACGAUUCUUCAGCAACCACUCAACCUUAGUUGAGUUCUUAAUGCAUUUCGAGAGUGCACUCGAUGCACAACGAUAUGAAGAAGCUGAAUUGAACGCAGCAUGUGAAGGCCACUUCGCCAAGUUCAAAACCCCUCUACUGCUAGAGCGUCAUGCUGCUUCAGAAUACACAGUAUCUAUAUUUCACGAGGUACAAACCGAGAUUGAGAAAAGUUGUUUUUCAUGCAGUGUGAUUUCUAUAGCGAAAAAUGGGCAAAUAGAUUCCUAUGAGAUUAAAAGAGAUGAUGACACCGUAUUAUGUGUUACCCACAAUCCUAAUGAUGAGACUAUAAGCUGUACCUGCAGGAUGUUUACGCGUGUUGGGUUAUUAUGCCGCCAUAUAUUCCUCAUUUUCAAAGACUGCCGAAUAGAUCGCAUUCCCGCCUAG